CUGGUAAACCCACAGUGAAAAUUAUCAAAAUAUAAUUUUCACUGUGCCGGACUACUUUCUUCCCCCACUUGGACACCUCUCUAUGUACAUGUAUGUACAUGAGGUGACAGGUUGGUUGUAGUAGCUUCCCUUUGUUUACAUGUUUGUAACAACAACAACAACACCUGUCAAAUCUGACGUCUGCUUUAGUAUACAAUCAAGAUGUCUGUAGAAGAACUGGAUCCAGAGGUCUUGAAUGACAUUUUCACAAAUUUCUUUGACCAGGAGGAAUAUGGAGACUUUCAGGUUGCAGACAGGAACUUUAGACAAGUAGAUGCUGACCAGUUUCUUAAAGAAAUUGAAAAUAAAAAUACCCAAAAGAAGACAGAGAGUGACAUGAAGUUAUUCUUCUCUUUUCUGAUGUCAAAAAAAUGAAAUGAGAAAACCAGAAUACAUUCCCCAUAUCAGCUUAAUUCAUUACUGUGUGAAUUUAUCUUGGGUGUUACCAAGAAAGAUGGCAGGGAAUAUGAGCCUACAACUUUGCGGGGCAUUAUAAGUUCUAUUGACAGAUAUCUAAAAGCAAGUGACAGCAAUGUUGCCAUAUUCAAGGACAGAGAAUUUUCCAAAACAAGAGCUGUCCUUUCAAGAAAACAGCAACAGCUGAAAGGCCAGGGACUUGGCAAUAAGCCGAGAGCUGCAGAAACCAUGACAGAGUCUAUCAUUGACCAGAUGCAUGAAGCCAGGACACUAGGUGACUACACUCCAAGGUCUUUGUUACACUCCAUGUGGUUUGUAUGCACAAACCAUUUUGGAAUGCGGACAGGCAAAGAAUGCCGUGAUCUCUUCUUGGGAGAUAUUCAUCUUAGAAUGGACGAAACUUCUGGUGAGGAGUAUCUUAUAUAUGACCAAGAGAGACAAACCAAAACCAGAUCUGGUUCAAAUCCUCGGGACAUUAGAGGUACAAAACCCAAAGCCUAUGCCACUGCUGACGCCCAGAGAGAUCCUAUACAUCUGUACAAGCUGUACAGCCAGAAACGACCGGACAAAAUGUGCAAACCUGACAGCCCAUUCUUCCUUACACCAAGUGAUAAACCACAGAGAUGCUGGUUAAAAAAAAAAACCCACUUGGAAUAA